CCCCCUCCCAACCUCCAUCUCCAAUCCCACACAAACAGCUCUACGCGGCUCUCUUCCUAUAAAAAAAUAUCCGAUUCAUAGAGAAGAGAAUCAUCGGCCGGAUAAUUCAGACAAGUGUGGAGCUGCAAUUGGGGGGCUUCGCCGGAGUAGGUUUUGGAGAGCAGGUCAGUGAGGCGGCGCGUUAGCGCGUAGCGGCGGAGGAUGGAGCCGGUGAAUAUAGGCGUGAUAAGAGGAGGGAGCAUAAGAGGGAGCCUGAGAGGGAGCUUGAGAGGGAGUUCCAGAGCCAACAGCAAUUCGAUAUGGAGGAACACCGGCGUGGAGGUGUUUUCCCGGUCCUCGAGAGACGAGGACGACGAGGAGGCUCUGAAAUGGGCGGCGCUGGAGAAGCUGCCGACGUUCGAUCGGUUGAGAAAGGGGCUCCUGUUCGGAUCUGACGGGCCGGCGGCCGAGGUCGACAUCGACAAUCUCGGAGUCGAAGAGAGGAAGGCUCUGCUCGAGAGGCUCGUGAAUGUCGCCGAUGAGGACAACGAGAAGUUUCUGAUGAAGCUCCGGAACAGAAUCGACAGAGUUGGAAUUGAUCUUCCGAGCAUUGAAGUGAGAUAUGAGCAUCUGAACGUGGAGGCAAUUGCUUAUGCCGGCAGUAGAGCUCUUCCUUCCUUCAUCAACUUCACUACCAAUUUCAUCGAGGAUUUACUGAACGCCCUUCACAUCACCAAGAGCAAAAAGAGGAAAAUCACCAUCCUGGAUGACGUCAGCGGAAUCAUCAAGCCGAGCAGGAUGACGCUUCUGUUGGGGCCUCCGGGGUCUGGGAAGACGACGCUUCUGCUUGCCUUGGCCGGAAAGCUGGACAAGGAUUUGAAGGUGGGAGGAAAGGUGACUUAUAACGGGCACGAACUGAACGAGUUCGUGCCCCAACGAACCGCGGCUUACAUAAGUCAACACGAUUUGCACAUAGGAGAAAUGACCGUCCGGGAGACCCUGGAAUUCUCUGCCAGAUGCCAGGGCGUUGGGUCUCGAUAUGAAAUGUUGGCGGAAUUGUCAAGAAGAGAGAAGGCAGCAAAUAUCAAGCCGGAUCCGGACAUUGACGUAUACAUGAAGGCUGCAGCUACAGAAGGACAAGAAGCCAAUGUUGUCACUGAUUACGUUCUUAAGAUUUUGGGACUGGAAGUAUGUGCAGACACAAUGGUUGGCGACCAAAUGAUACGAGGUAUAUCUGGUGGGCAGAAAAAGCGCGUGACCACUGGCGAAAUGAUGGUCGGACCAGCAAAAGCUCUUUUUAUGGACGAAAUCUCCACAGGACUUGACAGUUCUACAACCUAUUCAAUCGUCAACUCGCUGAGGCAGAACGUGCACAUUCUCAAGGGCACUGCUGUUAUUUCUCUGCUCCAACCAGCACCAGAGACCUAUAAUCUCUUUGAUGAUAUCAUUCUGUUGUCGGAUGGGUAUGUCAUUUACCACGGGCCUCGUGAAGAAAUCCUGGAUUUCUUUGAGUCCAUGGGGUUCAGAUGCCCAGAGAGAAAAGGGGCAGCUGAUUUCUUGCAAGAAGUGACGUCCAAGAAAGAUCAACAACAAUAUUGGAUCCACAGGGAUAAGCCUUAUAGGUAUAUCAAGGCAAAGGAAUUUGCCGAGUCAUAUCAAUCCUACCAUGUUGGGAGGAAGAUGACUCAUGAACUUUCAGAGCCAUUUGAUAAAACCAAAAGCCAUCCAGCAGCCUUAUCAAAUGACAAAUAUGGUAUAGGAAAGAAGCAACUCUUGAAGGUUUGCACCAAUAGAGAGUAUCUGCUAAUGCACAGAAACUCUUUUGCUUACGUCUUCAAAUUCUUUCAGCUUUUGGUGAUGGCAUUGAUCUCCAUGACACUGUUUUUCCGAACUGAAAUGAAUAAAGAUAAUGAAACGGGCGGAGGGAUUUACGUAGGUGCCCUGUUUUUUGGUGUGGUUAUGGUUAUGUUCAAUGGUAUGUCUGAGCUUCCAAUGACUAUCUACAAGCUGCCGGUGUUCUACAAGCAAAGAGACCUCCGUUUCUUCCCACCUUGGGCUUAUGCUAUUCCUUCUUGGAUCCUCAAAGUGCCUGUUACGUUUGUCGAAGUCAGCAUCUGGGUUUUUGUUACUUACUAUGUCAUUGGUUUUGAUCCAAAUGUUGGCAGGUUGUUCAAACAGUUCCUGUUAAUGGUAAUGGUGAACCAGAUGGCUUCUGCAUUGUUCCGAUUGAUUGCAGCUAUGGGUAGGACAAUGGGAGUUGCAAACACAUUUGGAUCUUUUGCUUUGCUUUUGUUGUUUGCUUUGGGUGGCUUUGUGCUCUCUCGAGAUGAUGUGAAGGAUUGGUGGAUUUGGGGCUACUGGUGUUCACCCAUGAUGUAUGCCAUGAAUGCAAUUCUUGUUAAUGAAUUUAAAGGGAAGAGCUGGAGACAUAUUGCUCCAAAUGGUACUGAACCACUUGGAGAUGCAGUUGUGAGAUCAAGAGGAUUCUUCCCAGAAGCUAAAUGGUAUUGGAUAGGUCUCGGGGCACUUUUCGGGUUUAUAGUAGCCUUCAAUGUCUGCUAUGCACUAGCUCUCCAAUUUCUUAAUCCAUUUGGCAAACCCCAAGCUCUUAUAUCAGAUGAUGACGACAACGAAACUUCUGCCCAGAACACCUCUCAACAACCAUCACAAGUUGGAGGAAAUAACAUCAGUGAGACACAGAAGCGGGGAAUGGUUCUUCCAUUUGAGCCCCAUUCCCUCACAUUUGACAAUGUGGUGUACUCUGUUGACAUGCCUCAGGAAAUGAAAGAUCAGGGUGCCAAUGAGGAUAGAUUGGUGCUGUUAAAGGGUGUAAGCGGAGCCUUCAGGCCUGGUGUUCUCACUGCUUUGAUGGGUGUGAGCGGGGCCGGGAAAACAACCCUUAUGGAUGUCUUGGCUGGAAGAAAAACUGGUGGAUACAUUGAUGGAGAUAUCAAAAUUUCAGGAUAUCCAAAGAAACAAGAAACCUUUGCCCGAAUUUCAGGUUACUGUGAACAGAAUGAUAUCCAUUCUCCCUUUGUCACUGUUUAUGAGUCCUUGGUUUACUCCGCAUGGCUACGCCUUCCGGAGGAUGUUGAUGCAAAUGCUAGAAAGAUGUUUGUUGAUGAGGUGAUGGAACUAGUAGAGCUGAAUCCAUUGAGAUCAGCUCUUGUUGGGCUGCCAGGAGUUAACGGUCUCUCAACUGAGCAACGUAAAAGGUUAACGAUUGCAGUUGAGUUAGUGGCAAACCCAUCAAUCAUAUUCAUGGAUGAGCCAACUUCUGGACUGGAUGCUAGAGCGGCUGCAAUUGUGAUGAGAACUGUGAGGAACACUGUCGACACUGGAAGAACGGUCGUUUGCACCAUUCAUCAACCCAGCAUUGACAUUUUUGAAGCUUUCGAUGAUCUCUUUCUAAUGAAGAGAGGAGGACAAGAGAUUUAUGUUGGGCCAUUGGGACGUAAUUCAUGCGAUUUGAUUAACUACUUUGAGUCAAUUCGCGGAGUUUCGAAAAUCAAGGACGGGUACAAUCCAGCAACAUGGAUGUUGGAAGUGACAACUUCAGCUCAAGAAAUGUUACUAGGACUUGAUUUCACUGAUGAGUACAAGAAGUCAGAUCUCUACAGAAGGAACAAAGCUUUGAUAAGUGAAUUAAGCACGCCUCGCCCCGGUUCCAAGGACUUGUACUUCGCAACUCAAUACUCACAGAGUUUCUGGAGCCAAUGCAUGGCCUGCCUCUGGAAACAACACUGGUCUUAUUGGCGUAACACAUCUUACACCGCAGUUCGGUUCAUCUUCACAACCAUCAUAGCAUUGGCUUUUGGGACAAUGUUUUGGGACCUCGGUACUAAAACCCGGAGGAGGCAAGAUUUGUUCAAUGCUAUGGGGUCCAUGUAUGCUGCGGUUCUCUUUCUUGGCGUGCAGAACUCUUCCUCGGUGCAGCCCGUGGUCGCGGUUGAACGUACAGUGUUCUAUAGGGAGAAGGCUGCGGGGAUGUAUUCUGCAUUACCAUAUGCAUUUGGACAAGCGGUUAUUGAAAUUCCAUACAUAUUUCUUCAAGCGGCCGUGUAUGGUGUGAUUGUUUAUGCGAUGAUUGGAUUUGAAUGGACGGCAACUAAAUUCUUAUGGUAUUUCUUCAUAAUGUUCUUCACAUUUUUAUACUUCACAUUCUACGGGAUGAUGUCUGUGGCUGCCACUCCCAACGAAAGCAUUGCAUCCAUUGUGGCGGCAUUCUUCUACGGUGCAUGGAAUCUGUUUUCUGGUUUCAUCAUCCCACGACCCAGCAUGCCUGUGUGGUGGAGAUGGUACUUCUGGGCUUGCCCUGUGUCAUGGACAUUGUACGGAUUGGUGGCAUCACAGUUCGGAGACAUUGAGGGCGAGAAAAUGAUCGAUACGAAUCAAACCGUGAAAGAGUUCUUGGAAGAUUACUUUGGGUUUAAGCACGAUUUUCUUGGAGUGAUCGCGGCAAUGACGGUUGUGUUUCCGGUCCUUUUCGGUUUCAUUUUCGCCUUUGCCAUUAAAACUUUCAACUUCCAGAAAAGAUAGAGAGAGAGAGGAGGAGGAGGAAGUCAGGUGCAUGUUGAUGAUGCUCUUCAAGUGUAAACGUAUGUGUACAGUAUAUGCUACGCUAAUGGAUGUUUGAGUUCUUUUUUCUUUUAUUAAAUAACCUAUUUUUCUUUUACCAUGUAGUUUUUCCUUAAAUGUAAUGUGAGUAUUUCAGCUCCUACAACUACUUAACUAUAGUGAGUUUAUACGACUUGCUGUUUGGUUGUAUUCAACUUGUAGUACUCCGUAAUAAAUUAUAGUUAUCCCU